AUGACCGACGACCCCUUGUCGCCGAUCAGCAUCCUGCUCUCACCCACUGAGGUCUUCAGGGACGAAAUCAGGCGCAUGUCGUUGCACGGACAACCUGAAUUGCGACAUGCUGCCUCAACAUCGAGCUUCGAGCCCACAAGUGGCAUUCGAGAUCCGCCCUACCCCCCAAUGGCAUCUCUCGUGUCUUCAGUCCUAACGAGCGAGGCUCCGACAAUCGCUGUCCGACGAGAUUCGAACAUCAGCCUCUCCAGCAUCAACGAUUCCGAGCCGCCUGCUACGCUCCCGCGGUUGGACUCUGCGGCGUCGCUGCCCCCGCCGCGGCCCGAGCGCCACGCCGACCGGCCACGAAGUCGACCCGUGUCCGAGCGCCGCAUGUCACGUCCAGCGCCACCAUCAGCCCCGGUCUCUGCGGAGUCGGCACCUUCAGCACCCUCCUCAUCUCGCCGGCCCCAAAGCCAUCAGGACUGGGUCCUUGAUCGGCUUCCUGCUCCUGGCAGUCGAUCGAGCCGAGAUGCCCAACAAUCUCUCCGCGCCGCCAUCCUGCAUCUCGCCACCGCGCUCGACGCCGCCGAACAGCGCAAUGCUCUGUAA